AUGCCGCCAGCACUUGCGCUAGAGGAGCAGUAUGAAGACCUCCUCAAGCGAUUCCAGAUUAUGGACGCUGAGAGGAAAACGACGUAUGAGGCAGCGCACCACGCAAUCAGAUACAACCAGGGUCUUAUGAAGCAGCUGAAAGACCAGAACCUUCAGAUCAGGAAUCAGCUUAAAGUGCUGAAAAAGAAUAAAAUCCUGACAGCGCCGGAACACUUGCAAAAAAAGAUGGACGAAGUUUCGAAACUGCGCCUCCAGCUCGACCAAAUGAAAAACCACAACGUGGGACAACGGCGGACUCUGGCCUCUUUGCAGGACAAGCUGCGAGAACUCGAGAUCGCCGCUGAGCGUCCAAAUACAGAGGCAUCUCCUGAACUGAAGCAAAUCCGGGUUAUCGAGAACCGUUUGGAUCAGGCGAUGAUCAAACUGAAUGAGGCGCAGUCCAUCAGGUCGACGUACGAGCAGAUAGUCACGCGACUCAAGGACGAGCGUCUGGGCCUCGAUCAACACCUUGCUCAGCUCGAAAAGACAUUGAAGGUAUGGGUGAUACAAGCGAUUAAGUUGAAACAGAACGUCUCUGGCAAAAAGGAGAAAGACAACGAUUACGAGGAACUCCUCGCUCUGUCGCAUGAUGCCACCCACGCGAGUGAGCUCGCACAGGCUGAGUUGCACAGGGUCUCCCAGGCUAUUGAGCAAGAGAGAGCGAACAGGGAACAAGAAGUGGAAGAGAAGAGAGCUCUGGUGCAGGCAUGUGUGACAGCAAACCAAAAGAUAGCCGAAGAAGCUGUUACGACGAAACAGAAGGUCGAAGAAGAUCGGAUGAAGACCAUGGCUCAGGUGCACGAGUCGAACCCCACUGAGGGGGACGGCUGCCCAACGCUCGAGGAUUACGAGAACGUUUUUCGCCGAAUCAAGCAAGCAACGGGCGUUUCGGAUGUCAACGAAGUGAUCCAGAAGUUUCUGAUGCAGGAAGAAACAAGAGAAAAUUUGGUGUCUCUAGCCAAAGAACUGGAGGAGAUGAAGCUUUCAUCAGUUACAAAACAAAGCAAGUGGCCCGUCGUGGAUGACUUGGAGAUCUCCGCUUCUCAAGCAAAUGCCAGGCAUGAGAGAGCUCGCUCGAAGUACGAGAAGAAUUGUCAGCUGCUUGUGGAACUUCAAGCCGGCGUGGAGCAUCUUUAUGAGAAACUGAUGUCCACCACACAGACCAAUCCUCAACUCCGUCGCGAGGCGUCAGCAGUUCAGCCGAGCGUAGAGUGGAUGGUGCAAGCCUCGCUCCAGAAGCUAGAUUAUCUCGUUAAACGGACAAAAGAAGGUUUGAAGCGAGAACAGCAGCGUCUGCAAGAAGAGACAGAGAAACAGGCGGAGCAAGCGGCGGAUCACGCUCGACAGGUCGACAGCCUUCUGUCUCCUGGACCAGUGCCGCUGGAGAAAUCCAGCGCAUGUCACGAGCCCGAAGCAACUCCUGGAAACGACGACCGCUCUCCUUCGGACUCCAGCAUCCCCCAGAUGGCUGAAGAUGCUUGUGUCUGCCCGGUCUUCGAUUAUCUGCCACCGGCCUCUCCAGGCAGAGAAACUGGACUCGCGCGUAAGCGUACCAUGGAGGAAUCUGAGAAGUUCGAGUCCCCCUCGGAAACUCAGAGAGAGGCAAACGGCCAGUCGACAGUCCUCGCACACAUCUCAGAAGUGCCCAGCUCUUCCGAUGUCUCGUCUGGGCACGUAGCCGACUCCCCAGAGAGGUUCGACGGUCAGCAGACCAAUGAGGCACAAAAUGGAUUGCGCGACGAGAUGGGAGGCACCACAGAGGAGAUCCAACGAGACGUAAAUACAAGCGCCUUCGCUCCGUCCUUCCCCAUCCGGGAAGAAGACGAAGGCAAACUGCUGUCGGACAAAGAAACUCUUGGAGACACGGAGUGGCAAGAACUUUCGGCAAAGCACGAAGACUGCAGCGAGCUCGAGGCCAGCACAGAAAAAGAGAACACCAGGGGUGACCGUGAGGACUUGCAGCGCAGAGAUGACUCCUUUCGGCCGCAUGGUGAAACCGGUAUACAAUCGGACCAUGAAAGGGACAACUGGUGUCUGGGACACACUCCCGCUCCCGACCGAGCAUCUCCGGUUCCAGCGGGUUUUGCCUUCUUCCCCUCCGAAGAAGCAGGCGCGAUGCAACAGCCCAGCAGAGUCGAAAAUCAUGCAGCCCAACACACGUUUGAGCCUCGGCUGAACGAGGCACGGCCAGUCACAGAUGGUGGCAAAAUUGACGGGAUUGAGAACGGUUCUGAAGAGGAGGCAAUUGCAGGCGAGCACAACAGAGUGGCAGAAGAGCGGACCGAACCCGGUAGGCUUCCUGCGGAAGGGGUGCCCACAGAGGAAGUGCCAAGCCAAAGCAAUGUCUCUUCAACGCCACCGGAAGAGAAGUGCGCAGAGGCACCUCGAGGUCCCGCGACACCUGAAAGCGACGACCCCCUCGGCUCAGAAACACCCUCUGGUCCACAAGGAUCUGAAAUCAACGUCGCCGAAGGGGACGACGGCGAAGCACUCGGUGCGUGUGUACCAGAGCAACCCGAACCAAAUGGAGUAGGGGUGGCGGUCGUGUCUCCAGCUGAGCAAAGCCUCGCUCCCGAGUUACCUUCUGCUCAAACGGCGCAGUUGACGGCACGUGAAGCCGAGAUGGUAGAGUCGCCAUUAGGCGUUACGCUCGCCGUUGAACCCGCACGGAACCGAGAAUCAGAGGGUAGGGACGCAGGCCAUGCAGCUCGCGAAAGCGACAGCGACUCCGGAGGCUCCCCAGAGCCGCACCCGCAAGGGACAGGAAGGGCAGCUGAAGAUGUCUGCAAGGAGGAACGUGCAGAAACCCACAGCAUUCCGACGGGUGCCUCGCUGUCCCGCUUGUCCCGUCCUGCAUUUUCGUCAAGCGAUCCAGGCGCAGAUGACCAGGAUUCCUCUCAGCCGAAAGACCUGGGGCUCGAUCUCGAUUCACGCGCGAAACCCGCAGAACAGGAGAGCGCCGCUGACCUUGCUCUCGAGAGGUCAGACCGAACGCCCGAAAGUCGUGCAGGAAGGGCUGUCCCUGCCGAAGACACGCAGCUGGGCCCCUCCAACUCCGAUCAACAGACGCCUGAGCCAGUUGGGAGCAGUGCAGAAAAGACUGUGCAGGAGCAGUCUUCACAGGAAAACGUCGGAGAGCCGGAAGAAACGUUGGCGUCUCUGCCUUUACAAGAGGCGCCCGAGACGGGAUCGUCAUCGCCUCCGAGAGCGACAGCCAGGCCAGUUGACGGAGAAGCAGCCGACGAUGACGGGCGAGCAGUGCGUAUCGCAGUGUCUCUCUGCGUUGCUUCCAGUUCAAAAGGAGCAGUAGGCGAGGGCGGGAACCACUGCGGCGACGAGGAGAUAGACGCCGGCGAAUCAGGACAUCGAGCUGAGCACGUGCAUUCUACUGUUAAGGCGGCCCUGGCGGAAUCGACGGGCCAGGGCCCACCCUCUGGAGGUUCCGGUGAUCCUACGUUCGGUGAAGCGCCCGGCAACUUGGAUUCCCAAAGUGGCGGCGUGCUGGAUGCUGAAGCGCAGCAGUUGAGCGCCACUUCGGGGCCCAUAACUUUGUCUGCUGAAGUAGGGGGAGCACACGGAAACACUGAGAAAUGUGGCGGAGACGGCAAGGUAGAAGGCCUUGAUGAGGGCUGUUCAGGCUCACUGCCAGGCGAGAACGGUAGUUUGGAAACGCCUGAGGCAGACCGAGAUCCGGCCACAGGGGGAAGUCCUGAACGAACUGCAGAUGUAGACGCCACUGUCGAGCCGCAGGACUUGCUGCACAACAGACAAGCGAAUGAUCCGGGAUCAACCGAAUCAGAGGCUGUAGACGUAGUGUCGGAGGCCUCGGCUGAAACUUGUUGA